UGAGUACAAAUAAUUUUUGCUAUAUCAAAUUAUCCUGAAAUAACUAAAAUUAAAUGAAAUUCACAAAAUUGUUCUAGUAAAAGUAAGUGUAACCUAACUUACUUAAAAUUGAAUUUGAUUUAAAUAAAAUAUUUAAUUUAUGUCGUAUUUUAAAACAUCGCGCCAAUGAGUGUUAGUUCAUCAGUUUGCCGCGGAGGGUGUUGGAUGUCAUGUGACUGUAGUGGGGAGCGUUGAAGAGGCAUAAAAGUUAGCGCACGAGCUCGAAGAGUCAUUAUUUCUUUUUCAGUUGCAGCAACAUCAGAAGCAGCAGUAGAAACUGUAGUAGAACGUUUCAAAGUAAAAAUGUCAAAUUUCUUACCAAACUCUAAUCAACUCUGUAGCGGGGAAGAGGACAUAGAAUAUGUUAUAUUUGAUGAAUAUUAUUAUAAUUCUUAUGAGGAUUCGGAUGAGAACUCCGAUGAUAAUGAGGUUGAAAUAUAUGAUAGUCAGGGUUCAACCAUCAUUCUUAGCAGCGAUGAUGAAGACACAAAUGAUAAUAAUAAUGAUAUUAAUAUAUUUGAUAUUAACUUUGGUGAAGAAGAGUUGUCAGAAUUAUUAGAAUGCGUCCCUGACAUUGAUCAAAUGUUGAAUGCAUACAACAUGUUCGAAUCUUUGCCUGAUAUUAAUCAAAUAUUGGAUGAAUACGGCAUGAUUCUACCAGAGAGUCCGAACAGUGACGUAUUAGAAAUUAAUAUUAGUGAAGAUGAGAUGUCGGAAUUACAUGAAUUAAUUCCUCCAGAAACACCACCCACUCUAAGCGAUGACACAUCCUGCAAAUCUUCACCUUAACGUCAUGACAAUUCUGAUUAAAAUACUUAUUAAAAAAAAAAAAAUUUAAUAAUUAAAUAUUUUUUUAUACAAAAUAAAAUCAUUAAAUAUUUUUUUAAAAUAUUACCUCAUGCUAGUCACAUUCAAAUGAUGCGUGCGCAUGUUGUGAGAGGGGGAAAGAGAAAGUGGGGGUAAAGAGAAAGUGGGGACUUGGUGAUUUAAACCGGUGUGCAAAGAAAGGCAGCUCAUUUAUGUUUCAGCAUUCCGGGACUAUUUGCAACAUUAAAACAAUCUUUUUUUAACAAAAAAAAUAUGGAUUUAGAAAAAGUCAAUGCAGUUGGACGAUUGGAGGGUUUUCUGCCAACAAAGCCGCUAUCGGAAUUAGUGACAAAUGGCCGAUACUUUGUGACAAAAAUCAAAAAGGUGCAGACGAAAUACGGACCCAGAAUCAUCGUAGAACUCGACGCAGACUUUAUCACAUAUCUUCCAACCAGAUUCGCUAAACAUUUCGAAGAUGAUGAGCCUAACACUUUAAAAAUGAUGCAAGAAGCUGCAGCCCUAAAGAACCUACAAUUGAAGUACCUUGGAGGACCAUACAACAUCGUUGAAUUUAAAUUAUUAAAGUGAA